AUGGUUUGUGGUCAGUUAGGUGAUUCGAGGGGAAGAGGCUCGGGAUAUUUGAAACGUUUAGAGAAAAAGGAUGGAGGAAGAGCAUAUGGGCUUUCUAGGCAACAGAAAAUACUAAGAAGAAUAGUGUCAGAGCCUAUUCCUCUUAUGGCUCAGAUUGUGCAACAGCUUGGUAACGAAACAAUUGAAUCAACAAAAGAAUACUUGAGGAACCUAAUUACAAUGCCGGAAAGGAAAUAUGAGUUCUUUAGCCUUCAGAACAGACUUGGUGAGAGAUCUGAUCUUACCAAUCAGACUCUCUUGAACUGCCAUAAGAUCCAACUAGAGUUUUUGGUUGCAAUAAGAACAGGUCUUGGAAGCUUCUUAUCGGAAAACACCCGCCUUUUAACAUCAGAAUUGGUUGAAGUUUUCUUAAUUGAAAGGUGUCGAAACAUAAAUUGCAGGAGGCUUCUGCCUGUUGAGGAUUGCGGCUGCAAUAUUUGUUCAAUGAAGAAGGGAUUCUGCAGCGAAUGCAUGUGUCUUGUAUGUCUGAACUUCGACUGUGCCAAUAAUACUUGUAGUUGGGUAGGCUGUGAUGCAUUCUUACAUUGGUGUCAUGCUGUUUGUGGUAUUCAUCGAAAUCUUAUAAAGCCAGGCCCAUGUUUCAAAGGCCCUUCUGGGACAACCGAGAUGCAAUUUUACUGUCUCGGAUGUGGUCAUGCUUCGGAAAUGUUUGGCUUCGUUAAGGACGUGUUCAUGUCUUGUGCGAAGGAUUGGGGUGAGGAGACCCUGAUGAAAGAGCUUGAUUGUGUUCGAAAAAUCUUCCGAGGGAGUAAAGAUCUGAAAGGCAAGGAGUUACAUGUUAAGGCUGAUGUCUUGCGUACAAAGCUAGUUACAAAGAUGAUUUCCCCUUCAGAGGCCUGCAGUUUCAUAUUUCAAUUUUUCAGCGGUAUGUAUACAAACCAAUUGAUUUUAUCUUAUUAG